AUGAUCGUAGCGGUGGUUGGGUGCACACACGGAGAGCUGAAUUUCAUUUACGCGACGAUUGAGAAGCUGGAGCAGGACAAUAACUUCAAAGUGGACCUCCUAAUCUGCUGCGGUGACUUCGAAUGCGUCCGUUACGGAGUGGACAAUGAUUGUUUGAACGUCCCAAAUAAGUACAAGAAGGAGGAAAAUGAUUUCAGAGAUUACUUCACAGGAAAGAAGAAAGCAAAAGUGCUAACCAUAUUUAUCGGAGGAAACCAUGAAGCGGUAAAUGUACUAAAGCAGCUAUACUACGGAGGAUGGGUAGCUCCAAAUAUAUAUUUCCUUGGAUAUUCAAAUAUACAUAAUAUUAAUGGCUUGCGAAUUUGCAGCCUUAGUGGUAUUUACAAAAAAUACAAUUUUUACAAACAAUACAAUGAGCAUUAUCCGUAUGAUGAGAUCAGUAAGGUGAGUUCCUACCACAUUCGGAAAUAUGAAAUUGAGAAAUUAAAACUGGUGAAAGAUAAAAUAGACAUUGUUGUGACUCACGAUUGGCCAAAUAAUAUCGAGAAACAUGGAGAUGUGAAUGAUCUCGUUAGAAGGAAGUUUCAUUUCCAGUCAGACAUAUAUAAUAAUACUCUUGGGAAUCCACACACAGAAUUUUUACUAAAUAAAUUGAAACCCUAUUUUUGGUUUUCGUCUCAUUUACACGUCAAAUAUUCGGCCAUAUUUCUACAUAGUGAUAAGAGGAACUAUACUCGUUUCCUUUCUCUAGACAAAGCGGAGCCGAGAAAACAUUUCAUCCAGAUUUUGAAUAUCGAAAAAAGGAACAACAUUCCAUAUCUCUCGUUUGAUCACUUGCCGAAGUCUUCUGCCAACGACCCAGAUGGGAAGAGCCACUUCUUCCAUCAGGACUACGAGGAGCUGUUGCAGCAUGUGGAGGAUGUGCAGCGCAUGGACGCCGAGGAGGGCAGCAAGGGGCAAAGCGGCAGUAAGGGGGAAGAAGCAGCCAACGAGAACGCCCUGGGGGGAGAAGCAGUCAAGGAGAAAUCCCCGGGGGGAGAAGCAGCCAAGGAGAAAUCCCCGGGGGAAGAUGACCCUAAGGAGAACCCCCCAGGAGAAGCAGCUAACGGGAACACCGCUGUUGAAAGCGCCACAGACAAGAUCUCCCCUGAGGAACCCUCCUCCCAGGAGAGCACCACUGCAGAGAGCAAGAAGUUUCACAUAUGCUACGACGAGGAGUGGCUAGCCAUUUUGAAGGCCAACCAUCACCUCCUCUCGGAGGCCAGCGACAAGGAUUACAAUUUGGAGAAGCUCAAAUACCCCUCCAGGGAGGACUUGGAGUAUAUCCAGGAUAAGCUGAAAAAAUUGGAAAAAAUAUCCAUCAAGGGGAAGGACUAUUAUUUGGUGCACGGGUAUAACAACCCCAGUUAUAAACACCUGUGGGAGCAGAGGCAGGUCUUUCUGAGCCGCUUCGAUUUCGAGGAGCUUAGAAUAUACGACGACUUUGAGCGUUUGUUUUUCGCGGAGGAGGUGCAGAAGAUGGACGCCGGGUUGGCAUUGAACACCCCCCAGGUGGGGAAGGGUGAGGGGGAUAUAGGAAAGGACCAACGGGAAGAAGCGGGACAGAAUAACCAGACCAAUGAACACGUUGGAGGCAGCCCUAACGGGGACAAUGACCCCCAUUCGGGGAAGCAACUCAACGUCGAAGGUACCAGUGAGACCAACGAAAUUGCCUUCAGCAUUGACUGCUGA